AUGGGACAGGUACUGCCCACUCACCGUUCUGCGCAUUCUGCUUUCGGUGGCCUAGCUCAACCUGCUAUGACCGAGGCUAUUCGCUUGUUAUCAAAGGGUCCUUUCCCACUUGAUCACCACCGCGCUGUACCCGAACGUCAGCGCUGGAGUUGGCACAAUGUUUGUGUCGAUCCUUUCUCGGACCUCCAAGUUGCCUACACAACCGAUGGCAAGGACUCGCAUCUGGCACCUACAGCGUACUCCUGCAACUCCAACUCUUGGGUCCAUAUCUUCCCCGAAGGCAAGAUUCACCAAUCGCCGCGAAAAACCAUGCGCUAUUUCAAGUGGGGAAUUGCACGGCUCAUCCUGGAGCCCAAGGAGUGUCCUGAUGUGGUUCCGAUGUGGAUUGAAGGCUUCGACGAUGUCAUGCACGAAAGUCGAGAAUUCCCACGAUUCCUUCCUCGGCCUGGCAAAAAUGUUAGCGUUACCUUUGGCCCCAAGGUUGACUCUGAUGUUGUAUUUGGAGAUAUGAGAUCUCGGUGGCAGAAAUUGAAAGCCAGGGUUGAGAGGAGCUAUCCGGAUUCCCGAGACAUGCCUCUGGGGGUGCUAAGUGAUGAACUGUUGAAUGACAAAGAGGCUGUCGAGCUGCGCAAAGAGGUCACCUUGAAGAUUAGGAACCUUGUUUUGGACGUUCGCCGAUCGCGUGGACUGCCCGAUGAAGACCCGAAGGAGGGCUUGGUCGAUACCUGGCUAGAGGAGGGUGCCAAGCGUGAAGGCCAUAUGAAGGACGAUUCUUGGGUUCGGGAUAUCUGA